CGCAACACUAAAAACGUCUUGAGAUGGACAAUUAUCAAGGAGACUUAACUGACGUCGUGAGAGGAAUCGGAGGCGGCCACGUGUUAUCACCGGAACGUCCUUCCCCUCCGAACAUAUGGCCUCUUCCACAACCAUCCGUAUCGUCAGAUCUUCCCAUAAAUCCAUUUGGAGAUCCAUUUGUGAGCAUGACUGAUCCUCUCCUCCAAGAACUCAACGCCGUCACAAACUCUGGCUAUUUCUCCGCCGCCGACAGCAGCAGCAGCAACAACAACAACAACAACAACAACAACGGUUUAUUAGUUCCUAAGGUAGUAGGAGAUGGUCAUAUAAAGAGUCAAUGCAGUGUCUUCCCAAGAAUCCGGAUCUCGCAUAGUAACAUCAUUCACGAUUCCUCUCCAUGUAAUUCUCCGGCCAUGUCGGCUCACGUUUUCGCCGCCGCAGCUGCCGCCUCGCCUAAAGGGGUUAUCAACGUCGAUACAAACAGCCCUCGAAACUGUCUAUUAAUCGAUGGAAACACGUUCUCGUCUCAGAUUCAGAUAUCUUCCCUUCCUAAUCUAGGCCCUAAGAGAAGGAAGAGUCAGGCAAAGAAGGUGGUGUGUAUACCAGCACCGGCUGCGUUGAACAGCCGGUCAAACGGAGAAGUGGUUCCGUCUGAUCUAUGGGCUUGGCGUAAGUACGGUCAAAAACCCAUCAAGGGCUCUCCUUUUCCAAGGGGUUACUAUAGAUGCAGCAGCUCAAAAGGUUGUUCAGCAAGAAAGCAAGUGGAAAGAAGCCGAACCGAUCCAAAUAUGUUGGUGAUUACAUAUACUUCCGAACAUAACCAUCCUUGGCCCAUUCAACGCAACGCUCUUGCCGGUUCCACACGCUCCUCCUCCUCUAACCCUAAUACCUCCAUAUCCUCAACCGCAACCGCUCCACCUAAUGGCCCUUCAAACAACAACCACUUGCCUUCCUACGCCUCUCCUUCUCAUUUAUCAGCCUCUGCCGUUAAGGAUGAACAAAGAGAAGGAGAUAUGGAGUUGGAAAACGUAGAAGACAAUGACGAUAAUCAGUUUGCUCCGUAUAGACCAGAGCUUCAUGAUCAGCACCAGCCAAAUGAGUUAUUCGCAGAUCUUGAAGAGCUAGAAGGGGAUUCUCUAAGCAUGUUGCUUUCUCAAGGCUGCGCCGGCGAUAGGAACAAUAAAACGACGGCUUCCGAUGGGAUAAGCGAUUUCUUUGGUUGGUCUGGGGGAAAUAAUAGUAACGGCGACCGAGACGCAAGAUAGUGUUAUAUACAGAAUAGUAACAUUAUGAGAAUAUUACGACCACAGUCACAUUUCUACUUAUUAAUAUCACUCUGAGUCACAUGUUUCUACAUGAGCACUUAUUUCUAACCCUUCAUUACAAAUACAAGGGAAGAAACAUACUUAGUUUAAUCUCAACC